AGUAUUCACCGAAAAUUGUGACCAAGUCGCCGAAUAAAGUUACCGAAUACCGAGUUGGCUCCGAAAAGUUUACCGAAAGAGAUGAGGAUUCAGCGCUGCUUGUGAAGCUCUGACUCGCCUACCGCUGUAUCAAAAAAAAUCAUUACUGCGCUAAGCAUUGCAGCAGAAUAUGGCAAAGAAACAAAAGUCAACUCCCUCAGAUGGAAACAAGUCCAAGACCCAUACCACUCGCAAACAGCCAUUUCGAGAGGACGAGUUGGAGAUUCCAAAAUUAAAUACUUCGCGUAAUCCUCAGUCUAUUGUGCGCAAAAAAGGAAAGAAGAAAGGAAAAAAGUUUGCAGAAUCAACCGAGGACUUGAAAGCAAUCUUGGGUCAAGUGAACUUGGAGCUUGACGACAAAAUCAAAACAAAAUUGCAAAUUGCUCAUGAGCGUGAACAAGCCUUUAGUCAUGAGGUGAAUAAACCAGAGCCAGUGAGCAAGCGUGAAGCAAAACGCUUAAAAUCCAAGGGAAAAUAGACUCUUCAUUUUUUGUUCAUGCCUUAAUGAGGGGCAAACGCACAAAAUGAAAACCAAAAUAACAUGAGAUUUUUGGCAAGUGGUUUUCCAGUCAAGAAUUUAUUGUCGGGAACAAUAAACCAAGUUUGGCAAUCAGGGAAUAGGCUUUUGAAUACAUAAAUUUUAGAGUAUCGAGAAGGAAUAAAAAGAAGGAUGAAAAUGUGAAUCGUUAGAAAGAAUACUGUAA